UCCGUAAAUUUUGGGCCCAGUGGGUGCCCAGAGGUGACCUUACGGGAGCGCCGCUUGCCUGGGUGGUGGAGGCUGGUUCUCUGAUCCGAAGCAGGCUUUUGCUGUUCUCGCUGCCGCGGGUCUGUAUCGAGCGCCAUGACCCAGGUGCCGCCCGAUGUCGAUGAGGACGACUGUCUCCCUGAGUACCGCCACCUCUUUUGCCCCGACCUGCUCCGGGAUAAAGUAGCCUUCAUCACAGGUGGUGGCUCUGGAAUAGGGUUCCGGAUUGCGGAGAUUUUUAUGCGGCACGGCUGCCACACAGUCAUCGCCAGCAGAAGCCUUCCGAGAUUGUUGAUGACUGCCAAAAAGCUGUCUGCUGCCACUGGCCAGCGGUGUCUCCCUUUAUCUCUGGAUGUUCGAUCUCCCCCAGCCAUCAUGACUGCUGUGGACCAGGCGCUGAAGGAGUUUGGGAAAAUUGACAUUCUCAUAAACUGUGCGGCUGGUAACUUCCCUUGCCCAGCCAGUGCAUUGUCCUUCAAUGCCUUCAAGACCGUGAUGGACAUCGACACCUUGGGUACAUUCAAUGUGUCUCAGGUGCUCUACAAGAAGUUUUUCCGGGAUCAUGGAGGAGUAAUUGUGAACAUCACAGCUACCCUGGGUACCCGAGGGCAGGUGCUCCAAGUGCAUGCAGGCUCUGCCAAGGCGGCCGUGGAUGCAAUGACGCGGCAUUUGGCUGUGGAGUGGGGUCCCCAGAACAUCCGAGUCAACAGCCUUGCCCCCGGCCUUAUCAGUGGCACAGAGGGGUUCCGGCGGCUAGGUGGCUCCCAAACCAGCAAGUUCCUGGCCAGCCCCCUGCAGAGGCUGGGGAACAAGACAGAGAUCGCCCACAGUGUGCUCUACCUGGCCAGCCCUUUGGCAUCGUACGUGACAGGGGCCCUGCUGGUGGUUGAUGGCGGAAUGUGGCUGACCCUCCCUAAUGACAUCAAGUUGCUGGCGGAUUUUGCAUCCUUCUCUGCUAAGCUCUAGGCGCCUGACAGCUGAGGCAGAGAAGGCAUUCUGAAGGGAAGGCUGGCCUGCAGCCCACUCUCGGAUUCCUGGGACCUGCCUCUCACCCAGCUAAGAGCUCCAAACCAACCACCCCAGCAGAGCAGCUGAAGCAAAGACUGACUCCUCCUCUGGGAGGUGUGCUAUGUUCACCUUCCCUUCCCAUGGCCCCAUCUCCUGUGCAUGGGUGGGCGUGACCAAGCAAUGAGGCGAGCCUGCUUACCUAACCACACCACACAUUUCUGCCGGGGGUGGUCGGCAUUCCAGAGCUCCCUUGAGAGAGGGUACAGACUGGAUGCUGGAGUAUGCCCCUCACCCCCUGAUCUAGGGUUGGGGGCUAUCUCACUUGCCUGCUCUGCCUAGUCCCGGCCUGCAUCCAUUGGGUUCCCCAAGGUUUGAGGCCCUCAAAACUGUACGUCAGCCCUCUGGCUGGGCACACACAGUUCCUUCCCGCUUUGUUGGUACCACCCAUUUGUAUAAGCACAGGUCCUAGAGCUCUGCUGGAAAAUGCAUUUCCUUCAAAAAUAUAUCUACUGUAAAAACGUCUAUUCAUUGGAAUUCGCAAAAGCUUUUAGAAGGAAGAUACUUGGAAAAAAAUAAUAA